AUACAAAUCAACAAUCAAUGCAACCAUUUCUUGCACAAGAAUAUAGUUUAGUUGAUAAAUUUUAUUACAAAAAAAUCGUUUUAAGUGCAACAAUUGAAAAUGGAUGGGCAUUUAAUUGGGUAAAAAAAAAAUCAUCAAUUGCUAUGCUUAAAUAUAAAAAUCCAAAUCUUGUAAUACCAAGUUGUCACACUCUUGAAGAUUAUGUAUUAAAAAAUGCUAUACAAAAACUUUAUUUAGAAUUAGCAUCAAAAGCAAUUAAUAAUAAUAUUGGAGUAUCACUAGCAUUUGAUGUUGUAGAAGAAAUCUUUAAAGAAAAUACUCGAUUUAAUAAUGCAAUUAAAAAAGUUAUUAAAAUAACAAAUUAUUUUAAUAAUCCUAAUAACUCUUAUUUUAUUGGUAAAUUAAGAAAUAAACAAAAAAUGUCUUUAGCUGCAAAAUAUGUAUCACCUGAAGAUGAUGAUCUAACUUUGUCAAGAAAUAUUUGUGAACCAAUUGGAGAUAAUGAUUGCUUUUUGCUUCAUCCUAAUAUUUGUCUUACUCAAUUUAAAUUACCAAUUAAUGAUAUUACAUAUGCUGAAAUAGGAAAAUGGAUUAUAUAUUACUACUGUGUUUGGUUUGGAGAUCUACCAAAAAAAAUUAUUGCUGAAUUACAAAACUAUCGAGAUGAAUUGUUCCCUUUUUCAAAAAAUGAAUGA